CUUACUUGGUAUCCCUCACACCUUUUUGGCCACUUUACCACUUCUUCACAUACAUCAAACUGUCACUCCGUACUCGUUCCCUACUCCUCGCAAGACUACGCAUACAAACUAUCCCUGUGAGACCUAUCAGAAAGAUUCAUACAGGUCCAUCGCAACAAGUCAGACAACCGAGCGUCGUCCCACUUCCCCACUCCACCUUUGAAGACCAACCCUCUCAAACCAUCCCAUUCACAUCAUCCUUGCAUCCUAUCCAGUCAAUACAGAGCAAGAAGAAAGUCAACAUGGCACCUAUACCUAUCGGUCCGGAAGUGCGCGAACCCGAACAGCAUGGAGAGAAAAGUAAGAAGAUGCAUUCGAAAGUAGUCAUCAUAGGAUCAGGACCUGCUGGUCAUACAGCUGCCAUCUAUCUUGCUAGGGCUAACCUCGAACCUGUUCUGUAUGAGGGUAUGCUUGCCAAUGGGUUCGCACCAGGUGGUCAAUUGACAACUACUACCGACGUGGAGAACUUUCCUGGGUUUCCUGAUGGUGUGAGAGGACCAGAGAUGAUGGAUAAAUUCCGGGCUCAAAGUGAACGAUUCGGUACAAACAUCAUCACUGAAACUAUCGCCCGAGUAGAUUUCACCAAGAGACCAUUCAAAUAUUGGACAGAGGGAGAAGAGGAAGAUGAUGAAUUCAUGACUGCUGAUACAAUCAUCAUCGCCACUGGUGCUUCUGCAAAAAGACUCAACCUUCCUGGUGAAGAAACAUAUUGGCAAUCUGGUAUCUCCGCUUGUGCAGUAUGUGAUGGUGCUGUACCUAUUUUCCGAAACAAACCUUUGGCAGUGAUUGGAGGAGGCGAUUCCGCUGCUGAAGAAGCGACAUAUUUGACAAAAUAUGGUUCUCACGUUUACGUACUCGUUCGUCGAGAGGAACUUCGAGCUAGUAAAAUCAUGGCCAAACGUCUUAUUUCUCAUCCCAAAGUUACAGUAUUGUGGAAUACCGUUGCUACGGAAUGCAAAGGUGACGGAGAUUUGCUCCAGGCACUCGUCCUUAAAGACACCAAAACUGGUGAAAAUCGAGAUCUUCAAGUCAACGGUUUAUUCUAUGCUAUCGGCCACGAACCAGCCACCGCUCUUGUCAAAGAUCAACUCGAACUCGAUGCGGACGGUUAUAUUCAAGUGGUACCCGGUACCGCCCAAACUUCCGUCAAAGGUGUAUUCGCUGCUGGUGAUGUGCAAGAUAAACGAUACCGUCAAGCGAUUACUUCUGCCGGAUCAGGUUGUAUGGCUGCUUUAGAAGCAGAACGUUUGAUCUCAGAGGAAGAAGCUGAAGAUGGUGAAAUUGACACUGCUGAUGUACACGUUCCUGCCAAUGGGUACAUGGGUACAGACAAAGAGUGAUGAUGAUCUUUUGACAUAGGAUUAGACAUAAAGAUGCAUUGAUUGUUCUGCUUCCGUCUUUCGUUUUUGCUUUGACCUCACGAAGAUGAACUAAAGAAUACGGGGUGACGAGAACAGAGGAUAUAGGGUUAACUGGUGAGGUCGGCCAUGAUAUCUUUGACAGCAUCGGCUGCAGCAGCGUCGAGAUCUUGUUCUGGUGGUGGAGGGGGAGGUGGAGCAGGACCAAGAAAUUCUUCCUCGGGAACAUUAGCGACGACAAUUGUCCUCCCACCGAAUUGUCUUCCACCCAAAGAGUUCAUAGCCUUUUCCGUACUAGCCAAAUCUUUAUACAUCACAAACACCCUCCCUACACCAGCUGCCAAAUCCGCCCUUCUUGCCCUUUCCUGAGUCACCACAGCCGAUUCGCUCGGUUCCCAUUUCUUACUCUUCGGUACGGGUCUCGGUACUCUGACACCUUCAAUCUCACCGAAUCUAGAGCAUUCAGAAGUGAUAUCUUCCAAAAUCUCUUGAUAUUCUUGAUCAUCGUACAGUUCAUCGGCGGUGACCAUAUUGAGCAAGAGCAUGACUCUGGAAGUAGGACCCGAUUGUUGAUUUUCUUGUGCGAAUAUGGCUGAUUUAGCUAGGAAAGAUUCGGAUCCGGGGAUGGCGUCGGUGGUUCCUGAUGCACGACCGACGGCGGCGCGUUGGACGACGAGGAUACGAUCACCGAGUGAAAAGUUGUUGAGGCCGGAGAUGGCCAUGUCGGU